AAUGGUGAGCGGUGUUAGAGAAACAGACGGAUUCGUUGUCAUGUUAGCCCGAAACGCUUAUAGCAAUGAUAUUCCAACGCCUGAUAGUAAAAAAUCGCAAUCUUUUCCAGAGGUUUUCGACGAUGGAACAACAAUAGAAAACGACUCAGAGUGUCCUUUUAAAGAACUAACUAUUAAAAUAAUAAUUGUCGGUGAUGCAGCGGUGGGAAAGACAAGUUUUAUUCAACGUUUCGUGACAAAUGCGUUUCAAUCUAAUUAUAAAUGGACGGUUGGAGUUGAUUUUGCUUUAAAGAGGAUCGAAUGGUCGGAAAAUACGGCGGUUAAACUUCAAUUAUGGGACGUGGCCGGCCAAGAACGCUUCAGUAACUUGACAAGAGUCUAUUACCGAGACGCCCAAGCUUGUAUAGUUAUGUUCGAUUUAUCCAGAAGAGACACAUUCCUAGGAGCACGACGUUGGAUUUAUGAUUUGGAGAAUAAAUGUGCGAAUCUAAAAGAUGGUAGUUCCAUUCCUUGCCUGUUAUUGGCGAAUAAAUGCGAUCUUAGUCAACGUCAAAUUUAUCAAGAAGAGAUUGAAGAAUUUUGUAAAGAACAUGAUUUUAUCGGUUGGACAGAGACUUCGGUUAAGGAAGGUCAAAUGGUUAAGGAAUCGAUGAAAUUCCUGUUAGAGGCCGUUAUGGUUAGAUGUGGCGAAAGUGAUAUUACUAAGUCUACUCGUUCACAUAGUCGAAUUCAAUUAAAUAGCGUAGCGGCCAAGCCAAAACGAUCGUGCCAUUGCUAG